AUGAUGCAACAACAAGGUUUGCCAACUCUUGAACAAAUCAAGACGGUGCUUUUGAAUACCUUUAGUAACAAUCGGGCUCAACAAUUAGAAGCUGAAAAUUUUCUUUCUCAAUUGAGACAUGUUAAUGGGUUCUGUAGUUCAAUUUUACAAUUAGUUUUGCAAUCACAACAAGAAAAUAGUCAACAAGCACUUUAUAUUCAACAGGCAGGUGUAAUUUUCUUGAAGAAUUUUAUUACUAAAAACUAUGACGAAAGAGGAAAUUUCUUUGGAGAGGAAGAUAGCGAACCAACUGAAAAGUUAAUUCCUAUCAGUGCUGAAGAUAGACAAUUUUUGAGAGAAAAUAUCUUGAAGGCUUUGGUAAUGUCCUCAACUGUUAUUCAAAGUCAAUUGUGUGUUGUUUUACACACAAUGAUUUGUACUGAUUAUCCAGUUAAUUGGGUUAAUUUGGUUGAUGAAAUUGUUAAUUUGUUAAAAUCUAAUGAUGUUAGAUGUGUUUAUGCUGCAUUGUUGGCUUUGGAUUCUUUGUUAAAGAGAUACAAGACUGCCCUUGAAGAUCAUUAUAGAAUUGUUGUCAAUGAUAUUGUUUCUAGAACCUUUGAUAUUGUCACUGGUUUGUUCCAAUACUUGUUGAGUCAAAAUACUGAUGAAUUUGCUGUUAUGAGAAAGUUGAUCGUUAAGGUUAUUUGGUCUGCUUUCCAAAAUGGUGUUCCUCAAUAUUAUACUUUGGAAGUUAAAGAAGGAAAAUUAGAUAGAUUUACCAAACUUAUGGAAAUGUUAUUGGAAUCAUACAAGAUUCAAGUUCCACCUCUUAAUAUUGAUAGUGUUGAAAAUCCACAUUGGAAAGUUAAAAAGUGGAUUGGUCACUUUGGUUAUAGAUUACUUUUAACAUUCUCUGCUUUGGAAGUUAGACCAAAUACUUCUGCUGAAGAAGCUAAAAUUGCUGAAUAUUUCAUUUCACAACAUGCUCAAAAAUUCUUACAAAUCUUCCUUCAAUUAGUUCAAUAUAAUAUUAAGGGAUCAUAUGUACCAUAUCGUAUCAUUACACUCGUAUUUAGAUACUUGGAUGGUUGUAUCUCAAAUCCUGAUUUAUACAAGUCAACUAUUAUUUCUAAUUUGAAGGCUCUCAUUGUAGAAACAAUUUUCCCAUAUCUCUAUUUCUCAUCUGGUGAUAAGGAACUCUGGGAAUUUGAUCCUCAAGAAUGGAUUAGAAUUGGUUAUGAUCUUUCUGAAGAUUUGUGGAACACUAGAAUUAAUGCCAUGGGUACCCUCACUACUCUCUUGACAACCAGAAGAAAGGAUUCAUUCGGUAUCUAUCUUCAAUAUAUUACUGAAGUUUUGACCAAUUAUGCAAAUGGUACUCACGUUAAUCCAUCUCUCAAGGACGCUGUUCUCUAUACUAUUGGUAACAUGUCAAAACUCUUCUCAAAGAGUGCUAUGACUAAGGAUAAGAUUGAAGAUUUAUUGUUAAUGUUUGUUUUCCCAGAAUUCACAAACACUCAACAACCAUACCUUAGAGCUAGAGCUUGUUGGGCUCUUGGUAGAUUUUCCGAAAUUUCAUACAAGAAUCCAUCUACUAUGAAUGACGGUAUGAAGCACGUCUUGAACUGUCUCCAAGAUAAGCAAAUUCCAGUUAGAAUUCAAGCUGGUUUGACUUUGAGUUGUUUGUUGAAUUUAGAGAAUUCUAUCCAACAAAUUAGACCAAUUCUUCCACAACUUUUGGAUGUCUACAUGAGCAUUAUGAACGAAAUGGAACAUUCAACAGUCGUUAGAAGUAUUGAACUUUUGGUUGGAGCAUUUGCUGAAGAAAUGGAACCAUUCGCUGUUUCUAUCUGUUCUAGAAUGAGUGCUACCUACAUUAGACUUUUGGAUGAAGAUGAUAACGAUUUGGACAAUGCUGAAUCUGAUAUUCUUAUGGAAAACUGUAUCCAAACUAUUCUCACACUCAUGCAAUCCUUCACCUCCAAGCCAGGUGUUUAUAGACAAUUGGAACCUGUCAUUUUACCACUCAUUUUGAAGAUUUUGGAAAAUCAAGAAUAUGGUUACGAUUUUGUUGAAAAUGCCAUGGAUAUGCUCACAUAUUUGACUUAUUAUUGUGAAAAUGGAAUGGUUUCUGAAAAUUGUUGGUCAAUCUUACCUGCUAUUUAUGAAGCAUUCAAUGGAUGGGCUUAUGAUUUUAUUGGAUAUUUGGUUGCUUCAUUAGAUAACUUUAUUUCCAAGAAUCCUCAAAGAUUCUUACAAAACCCAGAUCAUGUCACUAUGGUUUAUCACUUGUGUGCUAAACACUUGGGUAAGGAUGCUGAAACUGUUGAAAAGGAAGCUCAAGGCGCUUGUAAGAUUUUGUCGAGCAUGAUGCAAAAUUGUAAAGGUGCUAUUGAUAGUGAAAUUCCAAAGUAUCUUGAAAUGGUUAUGUGUCAAAUUGAUUUGGCUGAAUCACCUGCUUUCACUGUUUUACUUUUGGAAGUUGUUGCUGAUGCCAUCAUUUACAAUAUGGAGCUUGCUCUCAGUUUUAUCGAAUCCAAACAAUUCACUGUUAAAUUAUUCUCCAAAUGGUUCCAAACUUUACCUAAAUUCAUGAGAGUUUAUGAUAAGAAGAUUGCAGUUAUUGCAUUCUCUAACAUUAUUGGAUAUCCAAACUUUUCAUCUCUUCCACAAGCUCUUCAAGCUAAUGUUGAAUAUUUGGUUAAUGCCUCUAUUAGACUUUUGAAAGAAAUUUCUGAACUCAAGAAGAAGCUUGCCGAAGAAAAGGAUAAGGAAGAAGACGAUGGCGAUUUUGAGGAUGAUUAUGAUAGUGAAGAAGAAGAAUAUAACAAUGGUGGAUCAACAACUGAUAAGCAAAUGACAUUGACUGUUGACUCUUUGAAGCAUAAUCCUCAUCUUCAAAAGCUUGUUGAAACUCUUACCAGCUCAUCAUAUGAUGUUCAAGCUGAUGAAGAAAUUGAUGAAAUGGAAAUCUUUGAUUCCUUACUCGACAAGUUUGACGAAAAUGUUUACUUUGGUAAAGCAAUGGUUUCCUUCUCCUCCUCUCCUUCAUUCCAAGCUAUUGUUGCUAAAUUGAGCAAUGAAGAUAGCAACUCAUUACAACAACUCAUGCAAGCUUCGAUGCAACAAUAA